UCCUCCUCCCUGCUCUCUCCCGCGCGCCAGGUCUGGAGAUAGUUGGAGCGCCCGGGUUGGUGCCGGAGCCAAGCUCCGCGAAGCCGGGCGAGUCGGCCGUGCAUCCAGCAGCGGCUGGAGCGGCGGGCGCGGCCGGGAUCGGGGACUGCAGCGCAGCGCUGAUCGGAGGCCGGGACCCUUCCAGUUCGGCCGCCCCAUUCCCAGAUCCGCCGCCGGAGCUCUGGUUCUCCACCGCCGCUCUGUAGCUCUGGGAACCAAGGGCCGCGGGGAGGCUGGUACCUGCGCGUGCGGCUGGCCGGGAGGUCUUUUCCCCGACCUGCCUCCAGGAGCUAGGACUGCACAGGGGCCCACCAUGGUGACCCCGGGACCCCUGGCUGUCUCGUUGUUGCUGCCCAGUCUCACCCUGCUAGUGUCCCACCUCUCCAGCUCCCACGACAUCUCCAAUGAUCCCAGCACUGAGCAACAGCUAUGCACCUGGAGGGAGCACCCCAUCGUGACCUUUGAAGAUCUGAAGCCGUGGGUCUCUAACUUCACCUACCCUGGAGUCCGGGAUUUCUCCCAGCUUGCUCUUGAUCCCUCCAGGAAUCAGCUCAUCGUGGGAGCUAGGAACUACCUCUUCAGACUCAGCCUUGCCAAUGUCUCCCUCCUUCAGGCCACAGAGUGGGCCUCCAGCGAGGACACACGACGCUCUUGCCAGAGCAAAGGAAAGACUGAGGAAGAGUGUCAGAACUACGUGCGGGUCUUGAUCGUUUCUGGCCGGAAGGUGUUCAUGUGUGGCACCAAUGCCUUUUCACCAGUGUGCUCCAGCAGACAGGUCGGGAACCUCAGCCGGAUGAUUGAGAAGAUCAAUGGUGUGGCCCGCUGCCCCUAUGACCCACGCCACAACUCUACAGCCGUCAUCUCCUCCCAAGGGGAGCUAUAUGCGGCCACUGUCAUCGACUUCUCAGGUCGAGACCCGGCCAUCUACCGCAGCCUGGGCAGUGGGCCACCGCUUCGCACUGCCCAGUAUAACUCCAAGUGGCUCAAUGAGCCAAACUUUGUGGCAGCCUUUGACAUCGGGCUGUUUGCAUACUUCUUCCUACGGGAGAAUGCAGUGGAACACGACUGUGGGCGCACUGUGUACUCUCGGGUAGCCCGAGUGUGCAAGAAUGAUGUGGGGGGCCGUUUCCUGCUAGAGGACACAUGGACCACGUUCAUGAAGGCCCGGCUCAACUGCUCCCGCCCAGGAGAGGUCCCCUUCUACUACAACGAGCUGCAGAGUGCCUUCCACCUGCCUGAACAGGAUCUCAUCUAUGGCGUUUUCACCACCAACGUAAACAGCAUCGCCGCUUCUGCUGUCUGCGCCUUCAACCUCAGUGCCAUCUCCCGGGCAUUCAACGGUCCAUUCCGUUACCAGGAAAACCCUAGGGCUGCCUGGCUCCCUAUCGCCAACCCCAUCCCUAAUUUCCAGUGUGGCACCCUGCCAGAGACUGGCCCCAACGAGAACCUCACCGAGCGCAGCCUGCAGGAUGCGCAGCGCCUCUUCCUGAUGAGCGAGGCCGUGCAGCCGGUGACGCCCGAGCCCUGUGUUACCCAGGACAGCGUGCGAUUCUCACACCUGGUGGUAGACCUUGUGCAGGCCAAGGACACGCUCUACCAUGUGCUCUACAUAGGCACGGAGUCGGGCACCAUCCUGAAGGCGCUGUCCACCACGAGCCGUAGCCUCCGUGGCUGCUACCUGGAAGAGCUGCACGCGCUGCCCCCCGCGCGCCGCGAGCCCCUACGCAGCCUGCGUAUCCUGCACAGCGAACGUGCGCUCUUCGUGGGACUAAGUGAUGGUGUGCUUCGGGUCCCGUUGGAGAGGUGCACCGCCUACCACAGCCAGGGGGCAUGCCUGGGGGCACGGGACCCAUACUGCGGCUGGGACGGGAAGCAGCAACGUUGCAGCACGCUUGAGGACAGUUCCAACAUGAGCCUCUGGACUCAGAACAUCACAGCCUGUCCUGUUCGGAAUGUGACACGGGAUGGGGGCUUUGGCCCAUGGUCACCAUGGCAACCAUGUGAGCACUUAGAUGGAGAUAAUUCAGGUUCUUGCCUGUGCCGGGCCCGAUCCUGUGACUCCCCACGGCCCCGCUGUGGAGGCCUCAACUGCCUGGGACCAGCCAUCUACAUUGCCAACUGCUCCAGGAAUGGGGCGUGGACCCCGUGGUCAUCGUGGGUGCAGUGCAGCACAUCUUGUGGGAUCGGCUUCCAGGUCCGCCAGCGAAGUUGCAGCAACCCAGCGCCCCGCCACGGGGGCCGCAUCUGCGUGGGCAAGAGCCGGGAGGAGCGGUUCUGUAAUGAAAACACGCCCUGCCCAGUGCCCAUCUUCUGGGCUUCCUGGGGCUCCUGGAGCAAGUGCAGCAGCAACUGUGGAGGAGGCGUGCAGUCGAGGCGUCGGGCCUGCGAGAAUGGCAACUCCUGCCCAGGCUGCGGCGUGGAGUUCAAGACGUGCAACCCCGACGGCUGCCCGGAAGUGCGGCGCAACACGCCCUGGACGCCCUGGUUGCCUGUGAACGUGACGCAAGGCGGCACGCGGCAGGAGCAGCGUUUUCGCUUCACCUGCCGCGCUCCCCUGGCUGACCCACACGGCCUGCAGUUCGGCAAGAGAAAGACGGAGACGAGGACCUGCCCCGCCGACGGCUCGGGAACCUGCGACACAGACGCCCUGGUGGAGGAUCUCCUGCGCAGCGGGAGCACCUCCCCGCACUCUCUGAGCGGAGGCUGGGCUGCCUGGGGCCCGUGGUCGUCCUGCUCCCGGGACUGCGAACUGGGCUUCCGUGUCCGCAAGAGAACGUGUACCAACCCGGAGCCCCGCAACGGGGGCCUGCCCUGCGUGGGAGAUGCUGCCGAGUACCAAGACUGCAACCCGCAGGCUUGCCCAGUGCGGGGUGCCUGGUCCUGCUGGACUGCAUGGUCCCAGUGCUCAGCAUCCUGUGGUGGUGGCCACUAUCAACGCACAAGGUCCUGCACCAGCCCUGCACCCUCCCCAGGUGAGGACAUCUGCCUUGGCCUGCACACGGAGGAGGCACUAUGUGCUACACAGGCCUGCCCAGAAGGCUGGUCACUGUGGUCUGAGUGGGGUGGCUGCACUGAGGAUGGAGUCCAGAGUCGGAGCCGAAGCUGUGAGGAGCUUGUCCCAGGCCCAGGUGCCUGUGUUGGCAACAGCAGCCAGAGCCGAUCCUGUCCCUACAGUGAGAUUCCUGUCAUCCUGUCAGCCUCCAGCGUGGAGGAGGCCACCAGCUGCGGAGGGUUCAGUCUCAUUUACCUGGUAGCCACCGGUGUCUCCUGCUUCCUGGGCUCUGGGCUCCUGACCUUGGCAGUGUACCUGUCUUGCCAACAUUGCCAGCGUCAGUCUCAAGAGUCCACGCUUGUCCAUCCAGCCACCCCCAACCACUUACACUACAAGGGUGGGGGCACCCCCAAGAAUGAGAAGUACACACCCAUGGAAUUCAAGACGCUGAACAAGAAUAAUUUGAUCCCUGAUGACAGAGCUAACUUCUAUCCACUGCAGCAGACCAAUGUGUACACAACCACCUAUUACCCCAGCCCACUGAACAAGCCGAGCUUCCGACCUGAGGCCUCGCCUGGACAGCGUUGCUUCCCCAACAGCUGAUCCUACCAUCCUGGGACUUGGGCUCCUUGCCUUCCCAAGGCACAGAGCAAUGGAAUGGGACAGUAGCGCCACUUUGGUUUUCCCUCUGCGCUGGGCUGAGAACUUGCUGCCUGGCCUGUGAGGGGUCCUAUCCCGCUUCAAAAAGGUCUAGAUGUCAGUGACCAUGUGGGAGAGGGCUGGCUUCAGACUGGUACAUGACUGUGGAUCCAGUGCAGCCCAGGUUUCAUGGUCUGUGACCCACCAUCACCCUCCCCUGCCAUGUCUGAAAUAGCAGACCUAUUGGACAUGUGACAGAUUGGAGAGUAGAUAUUACAGGAGAACAGGCUUUGGGAUGGAUAUGACUUCCACUGGCCACCACCACCCAAGUCUGCCCCUUUUGGAUGGCCCUAAGAAAGGCCUGGGCUACAUUCAGCUUGUCUCUGAAAGGAAUUAAUCAGAUGGCCCAGUAGCUCUGGAUCUUGGGCCAGGGCUGGACCACUAUGGUGCUGCCCACAAAGUGGCAUAGGGGUCUAGUGCUGGCCUAAAUUGUCCAUGUCUAUCCAGAAAUCUGUAUCUAGACCAGGGACAUCCCUUUGGUCAGAGGCAGUAAGUAAUGAGAACUGGAGGCUGGUCUGUGCUGAGAAGCCCUUUAAUCAGACGUGGCUUAGGCCUUAGCCUCAAUGUAGCCCAGGAGGAUGGAAGGCUGAAGACCAUAGGAGGCAGAGUCUAGCCUCUGUGCCUCUAUGGAGACUGUUGCUGCUCACCAGUCAUUCUCUGAGAACUGUUUGGGAGUCUCUGCUGGCCCCUCAUCUAUUCAGGAACACACACACACACACACACACACACACACACCACACCACACACACCACACACACACAUACACGCCCACACACAAACCAUCUGCUACAGCAACAAAAAGGAUGUUAAGCUGUGGCAUUAUUAAUUAAAGAUGAUAUCCAGUCUCCAAA